AUGGAGGCAGACAACAGUGUUACCAGUGUUACCCCUGGAACCAGUAGGCAGGAGAUAGAUGGAGUCAGACAACAGUGUAACAGUGUUACCCCUGGAACCAGUAGGCAGGAGAUAGAUGGAGGCAGACAACAGUGUAACAGUGCUACCAGUGUUACCCCUGGAACUAGUAGGCAGGAGAUAGAUGGAGUCAAACAACAGUGUAACAGUGUUACCCCUGGAACCAGUAGGCAGGAGGUAGAUAGAGUCAGACAACAGUGUAACAGUGUUACCCCUGGAACUAGUAGCCAGGAGAUAGAUGUAGUCAGACAACAGUGUAACAGUGUUACCAGUGUUACCCCUGGAACCAGUAGGCAGGAGAUAUAUGGAGUCAGACAACAGUGUAACAGUGCUGCCAGUGUUACCACUGGAACCAGUAGGCAGGAGAUAGAUGGAGUCAGACAACAGUGUAACAGUGUUACCCCUGGAACCAGUAGGCAGGAGAUAGAUGGAGUCAGACAACAGUGUAACAGUGUUACCCCUGGAACUAGUAGGCAGGAGAUAGAUGGAGUCAGACAACAGUGUAACAGUGUUACCCCUGGAACCAGUAGGCAGGAGAUAGAUGGAGGCAGACAACAGUGUAACAGUGUUACCCCUGGAACUAGUAGGCAGGAGAUAGAUGGAGUCAGACAACAGUGUAACAGUGUUACCCCUGGAACUAGUAGGCAGGAGAUAGAUGGAGUCAGACAACAGUGUAACAGUGUUACCCCUGGAACCAGUAGGCAGGAGAUAGAUGGAGGCAGACAACAGUGUAACAGUGUUACCAGUGUUACCCCUGGAACUAGUAGGCAGGAGAUAGAUGGAGUCAAACAACAGUGUAACAGUGUUACCCCUGGAACCAGUAGGCAGGAGGUAGAUAGAGUCAGACAACAGUGUAACAGUGUUACCCCUGGAACCAGUAGCCAGGAGAUAGAUGGAGUCAGACAACAGUGUAACAGUGUUACCAGUGUUACCCCUGGAACCAGUAGGCAGGAGAUAGAUGGAGUCAGACAACAGUGUAACAGUGCUACCAGUGUUACCACUGGAACCAGUAGGCAGGAGAUAGAUGGAGGCAGACAACAGUGUAACAGUGUUACCCCUGGAACUAGGAGGCAGGAGAUAGAUGGAGGCAGACAACAGUGUAACAGUGUUACCCCUGGAACCAGUAGGCAGGAGAUAGAUGGAGUCAGACAACAGUGUAACAGUGUUACCAGUGUUACUCCUUGA